UACUUAUUAUUUUUGUUUAUUAUUUUUUUUUGUUGUGACUAACAAUCAAUCAAUCAGUCAAUGCUUUUUUGAUUAUCACUAUAGUGUUGACCACCGAUUGUGACCAACGAUUGUGAUCACCACAAGUUUAAUGCAGACGAAGAAGAAGAUAUCAUAACCAUAACAAUGAAUGGACAACAAUAUGUCGUCGAUUACAAUGAUUUGAUGUCUUCGGACGAUUCAAGCGAUGAUAAUUACAACUAUCUGACAGCUCUGGACAAUAUCAACUGGAAGUGUCAGCCGAUUACAGCAGCCGACGACGAUGACUACGACACCGAUAUCAAUAAUACUACAACCGAUAGACUGGCGGCGGCGACGGCAAACACCAAUGGACGGCAAACGACAACAACCAACAACAGGCCAGCCAUUGCCGUCAAUAGCCGAAGUAACCGAACAGAUGGUCUAUUGAGAGAUAUGAUGGCAUCCAAUAAAGAUAGUAAUAAUGUCGUCAAAAAUAAGACAACAACGAUGACGACGACGACGACUAAUGAUAAUAACAAGAAAGACGGUGUCGUCGGCGUCGGUAAUCAUACACAACAACAACAACAAGAUAUUGAAAACAAUGACCACAUGGAAGAAGACAUUGACAUUGCUAUCCCUACUGUCGUCGUCGCUGACAAUAGACGUGUUGAUGAUAAUAGACGUGACAAUAGAGCUAAUGAUAAUAGAAGUGAUAAUCGAGGGAUCAAUAGUAUGGGUACUACUGAUAGACCUAAUGGUAGUAAUAAUAAUAAUAAUAAUAAAAGACAAAAAAUUACAACUAAUGUCAAACAAAGUGAGUAUUCAGUUCAAGAAGUGUUGAACCGAAAGAAAGCCAAUCACGAGAAAUGUGUGGUCAAUAACAACAAGAAGACUGAUCUGAAUCGUGUCGUCCAAAGUGAACGUACAUUUGGUAAAGCUUUUUCGCCGACAGUCUAUGCACCCGAAGUACCGGUAAUGAGAGGUCCGGUACCGCCAUUGACCGGUCUGACCGGUAAUAAGCGACGAUCGUUGACACUCAACGAAAAUGUCUGCGAAUCCAAAUACAGUCCCGAUUCAGUGUUGGCCAUCAUAUUGGACUGGAAUACCAAAUGGCUAUCCGAAUGUGUGGCCAACGAAGUGCCGCCACCGUUGAGUCCAUACGGCGACGGAUGCGGUGUACAGAUAUCCUACGACUCACUCGAAGAAUACCAAUCAGCUUACAUACCGUUAUUAUUGUUUGAAACGUGGGCUCAAAUAUUUGAUGAGUUCAACAAUAGUAAAUCCAGACAACAAUCCCAACAACAACAACAAACAUAUCGGGCAGUGAUUAAUCCGGAAUAUUCAUCUGAUGAACAUUUUAUUACCAUUAGUUUCCAGACACUAGCGCACAGAUCUAAGCUGAAGACCCAGUGUUAUCCUACUGAAGGUCAUCUAAUUAUUGUCGAUCUGGUCAUCGAUAUCGGUGCCAACAAUGAAAAACGAAAGAUAUCGGUGUUCGGCUAUGUUAGCGACUAUUCAAAAGAACCGAUAACACCGACAACAAUGACAUUCCCGGGUCUAGCAGUUUCAGGUAAAGGAUCAAACAAUCAGAUGCUACUGAAGUAUACAGUGUUUUUGAUGGCCAAACCAUUGAGGCUUAACUGUAAAGAAGGUAUUACUUUUCGCGAUGUCUACUAUCUGAAGCCGACUUUGCGUCAAAUUGAACUGAUCUCCAGUCUGAACACUUGUCAACUGUUCAAAGACAUACUCAAACCGCGAUCGUUCACCUGUCAGGUAGUGGUGCCGACAAACAUAACAAUGGAUACGACAAACUUUAACGAAUCGCAAAUCCGGGCAAUUCAUGGCAGCUGCGAAAUCAUUAGCCGUCCCUACGCUGUUCCCAAAGUACUGCUAAUACAGGGACCGCCGGGUACGGGAAAGACACAUACGCUUAUAGGUAUAAUCAAACGUAUUUACAUGAAAUGCGAUUCAGUGGACCGAUUGCCGCGAAUAUUGAUCUGUGCGCCGUCUAAUGGUGCCGUCGACGAGAUUACCCGACGACUCUAUAGGGAACGGGAGUUUCUUAGGCGACACAAGUGUCGCCGAGCGCUACGCUGUGUACGAGUGGGUAAACCGUCGCAAAUGCACGAAGAAGUACGUAAGAUAUCGUUGGACGCCCUCAUCGAUGAUAAUAUGGAAAAAGAGGUUAAGAAGUUGACUGAUGAACGUAACAAACAGAUGAAAGAUAUUGAAAAAAGGAUAUCGCAGUUGGAACAGGAAAAUGCCAAUCUUCGGGUAGAAAAUCGUAAACAAGAACUGCUGAGGAAUGACAAAGAGAUGGCCGAUUUGGUUAUCAAAUUGGAAAAACUGAGUUCUUCGCGAACAAAGACUGUCGAACACAAUAAGAAUCGAAUAAAAUUGGAAAUUAUGGACAAAGCGGACAUUAUUUUGGUUACAUUGAAUAGUAGCCAUUCCUCGUCGAUAGAGACACUGUACCACAACUACCGGGAGGGGACGUUCAACUGUGUUAUCGUUGACGAAGCGUCGCAGUGUAGCGAACCGGAACUGUUGAUGCCGUUGGCCUAUCGGAUGACCAAAAUGAUACUCAUUGGUGAUCCGAAACAAUUGCCGGCCACUGUUAUCUCGAAGAAGGCCCACAGUCUCCGAUUGGGUCGAUCGUUGUUCGAACGGUUUUUCGACUUUUUUGCCGAUAUUGAACGCAAAGAACCCGACCAUAAGUCGCCGAUACUGAUGCUCAACGAACAGUACCGAAUGCAUCCGCAGAUUUGCGAAUUUCCAUCGCAACAGUUCUAUUCGUCACUGUUGAAGACCAGCGAUAAGCUGAAGAAUGCUCGCGAUUUCAAACUCAAACCGUACAUUGUUUUCGAUGUUACCGAUACUGUCGAAAAUAAAUCCGAUCCGACAAACAAAUACAACGAAUUGGAAGCCGAAUUUGUUUUGCGAGUGAUCAACAUUAUCGAUAAGAUCUUAAUACCGAAAUCAGUAUCCAGUAGUGGUGGCGGCGGCAGCGGUAGCGCCGCCAAUGGUCAUCGAUAUAGUGUCGGUAUUAUUACACCAUAUAGUGGCCAGAAAAAUUUCAUCAACCGAAAACUAGAGAACAAACAUUUGAAUAUCAAUAUCGAUGUCAAUACUGUCGAUGGAUUUCAGGGCCAGGAAAGGGAUCUGAUUAUACUGUCCUGUGUUCGGGCAUUUGAUAAACAAAACAAUAGCAACAACUCAUACAAUAGUAUAGGUUUUAUGAAUUCAUUGCAGCGGAUGAAUGUCGCCCUCACGAGAGCCAAAUACACGAUGAUUGUCUGUAUAUCUGGUCGAUCCUUGGAGUGCGACCCGAACUGGAAGGCACUUAUCGAUAAUGCCGUCAAACGGAUUACAAGAUAUAAGGUUCCGUCGACUCUGGGCGAAGACAAACUGAAAAAAAUGCUUAAAACUAUUGAACUCAUUGAUUGUGAUUAG